GAAUCAAAAAUUUAAAACUUUCUUUGUCCCGCCAAAUGAAUCAAAAAUAGAAAACAAAGCACACACCAAGACAGCGUCUUCAGAUUGCAGAAUUUUCUAAAAAUAAAAACAUGGCAUAGCAAUUCUAGAAAAUGAAGGAAAGAAAAAUGGAGAAUGGUCUAGUCUCAGUAGACAAAUGGUCAGAGAAGAGCCAAGCAUACUUCUUAACCCAUCUUCACGCAGACCACACACAAGGCUUAACCUCUACAUGGUCCAAAGGCCCUCUCUUCUGCUCCCAACUCACCGCUCACCUCUUCCCUUCCAGAUUCCCAGGCUUCAACCUCUCCUUACUCACCGUCCUCGAUACCGGCCUCUGGCAUUCCAUGCGGCUCGUCUCUCCUUCCUCCGGAUCCCAGACAACCCUCCAAGUCAUGCCCAUUGACGCCCAUCACUGUCCUGGUGCGGUGAUGUUCUUGUUUCGUGGGGAUUUUGGUUGCCUAUUGUUUACUGGGGAUUUUCGAUGGGAGGCAGAGUGUGAGAGUGCGAAAACUGCGAGAGAGAUGCUUGUUGAUGCUCUUAAGGAUAAUGCAGUUGAUGUUCUCUAUUUGGAUAAUACUUAUUGUAAUCCUGCUUUUGAAUUUCCUCCCCGCCUAGUUGCUGCUCGACAGGUUGUUGAUAUCAUUGACUCCCAUCCAGGUUUUGACAUUAUCAUUGGGAUUGACUCUCUAGGGAAGGAAGAUCUUCUAGUUCAUAUUUCAGAUAUGCUAGAGACAAAGAUUUGGGUGUGGCCAGAACGUUUGCAAACCAUGCAUCUUCUUGGGUUCCAUGACAUAUUCACAACUAGAACUUCUUUGACUAGUGUGCGAGCUGUACCUCGAUACAGUUUCAGUAUUGACACUCUAAAUCAAUUGAAUACAAUGCAUCCGACAAUUGGAAUAAUGCCUUCUGGUCUUCCUUGGAUGGUAAAAUCUACAAAAGGGAAUAGCAAUAAAAGCCAGUUGAGUACUGGGACUGAGACCGGGACUGAGAAGAUAGUUCGAGGUGUGGAAAGGUGUCAUGAAUACAUGUAUAUAGUUCCAUACUCGGAUCACUCCUGCUUUUCAGAGAUAAAGGAGUUCGUUGAGCUUGUCCGGCCAACUAGCAUGAAAGGAAUCGUGUCUUCAUCAUCUUCUUAUGUGGAACCUUUUUACUAUUUUGGUGGUCUUUGUGGAGAAAGGCCGAUAUCACAGAAUGAGCAUGAGAAUAAAGAGAGAGACGAGAGAGUGAUUGAUAUUCAAACCAAAUCUUUUUGUGGAAUUCAUAAUACCAUUCAAUCAAGGAGCAUGAAGCCUGUGGGGGUGAGUAGGGUUACGGCAUUGAGAAGAGUAAGCCGCGGUUCCAAACUUGCUGAAAAUGACUCGUCAGAUUAAAGACAUGGGUAAGUAAUGUUCUUCAAUUACUAUGUUUAGCAUUAGCAUUAGCAUUAGCAUUAGUAAUUGAGCAUGUUUUUGCAAAUCUCUAAGAAUUGCUUAAAAUUGAAAAGGUAUAUUCAGUAUCCAUGAAAUAUGAGUGAGGCCAAUGAAUUUCAGGACGAGUUAUCUAAUUGUAAUUUGGACAGAUAUAACUCUAGAAUUCUUUUGAUUUCUUGUGAAUCCAAUAGCAGAGCAUUUAUGUUCAAAUGCAUCGUUGUUUUAAUGAGUUAAUUCUAUUA